GUUUGUCUCAAAACUCCUAGGAAAUAUGACCAGUGUAAUUGAGGUUAUAUAUAUACUGACAGUCUACAUAUAUAAAUAGGUGGUGAAGUAUAUAUACUGACAGUGUACAUUUAUAAGUAGGGGUGUAGUAUAUAUAGAGAUAGGCAUUAUAUAUACUGACCAUCUACAUUUAUAAAUACAGAGAGGCAUUAUAUAUACUGACGGUGUACACUUAUAAAUAGAGCAUCAAAUAUAAUACUGAGAAUCAACAUUUUAAAUAGAGUGGUGUUAUAUAUACCGAUCAACUACAUUUAUAUAAGUGUGCCACGCUUAUAAACAGAGAGGUGACAUAUAUAUACCGACCUACUACAUUUAUAUAAGUGUGCCACGCUUAUAAACAGAGAGGUGACAUAUAUAUACCGACGGACUACAUUUAUAUAAGUGUGCCACACUUAUAAAUAGAGAGGUGACAUAUAUACACUGACCUACUACAUUUAUAAGUGUACCGGGCCACGCCGCUUAUAACUCUGACAGAGAGGGAUCAUUACCCAUUCUAUUCAUUACCCAUUCUAUAAGUAUAACAUCACGUGAUUGUAGGCGUGCCAUGUGCAUAUAUAGUGAGAGCCAUAUAGCCACUUGAAAAGAGACUUAGUUAGGUGAAUCAGAUGGCCAACAUAUCUGUGAAUGUUGGCACACUCUCCACUGCAUUAGCUGCUGCACUACAGCAAGCUGUUGGUACCAAUCAGCAAAGUGUAACACCUCGACCUCAGGCUCAAGCACAAGUACAGAGUCAGCCAGGACCCAGCCUGAGCAAUAAGUGCAAGUUGCAAGUGUAGGGUGAGUGGCAGUUAGUUUAAUAUGUAGGUGGGAGCUAGCUAUGGAAUUCGGAAGAGUCAAAAACAGUACUGUUUUUUGUUUGUUUAGACAUGCCUUGGUCAGUGUUGCCUUCAUUUCUGAAGAGAAGAAAGGGUAACUCUACCCUCCCGAGAAAGCGCAAAAAAACGUUGCAAACAUGGGACAGAGACAUCGUUUGCCUCCCUAAAGUGAAAUCAGCAGAUAUGCAUAUCGCCUACCCAAGGGGAAAAUAUCGUGAACAGCUUAGGGAAGAAUGGGUUGAUUGGAAAGGUACGGCUCAACUCAAAUAAUUAUGAGCAUGCAAGAAGUCGAGGACGAAAUUCGCUCUGUUGUUUCAGCAGCCGAUGAAGGAUCAACGUGACUUUCCUUACAUUUACUUACAGUCAACAGGUUGUGGAAGUCGCUCGCUAACCAUCCCAUCCUUGUCGGCAUCGUUUGAAUGGACAGUGCAGCAGGUAGUGAAGAUCGGUGGAACCAAAGGAAACAUAUAUAUAAUGGCACAGACUGAGUUGUUUACACCAUUUGAGAGUGAUCAUGAGGAUGAGGAUCAUUCAGAUGCAGAAAUAUCUUCAGAUGAAGCUGAAAAAGUUUUCUCAAAGAAAGCUUCCUCGAAGAAAGCUUCCUCAAAGAAAGUUGAAAACGAAUCUCCUGCCGUUAGUACAUCUUUGAGUUCUGCUGAAAGUAGUUACCAGAAUUAUGUUGACGUUAUUGACCUCACCACUGAUGAAUUACCAAACAUGGAAAGUGAUGACUCUGAAUUAGAUGAUCUUCCUGUUGUUCCCAUUUCAAUGGAUUCUCGGGCCAUUAACAAGAUGAAGAGAGCACCAGACAUGGUGGUUGCCAAACAUGCAAUGAUACAGCACCAGCGAAAGGUCAUCCAAGCUAAAGAUGAGGAAGAUACGCAAUCUGUGUACAUACGACGAAAAUUACUCUAUUCUGAUGCCUUCAAAGCCUUUUCUCAGCCUUCUUUUAAUGUCUCUAAAAUGUUGAAGGUGACACUCAUUGGAGAGGGAGCUGUGGAUGACGGGGGACCACGCAGGGAGUUUUUUUCCAUCCUAAUGAGAGACACAUUUGCUAAAUCUGGAUUAUUUUGUGGAUCACCAUUUUGUGGAUCACCUGAAAAUGUUCUUCCAAUCCAUAGUAUCUUCCAAUCCAUAGUAUUCAGGGUGUUGCCGACAAUCACUUCUAUAUCAUUGGGAAAAUGAUAUCUACAAGCAUUGUCCAAGGUGGUCAGCCACCUUUGUGCUUUUCUCAAGC